AUGCUUUGGUGCAGAUGUGGUGUCCUACUGGUUCUCUUCAUCUGUCCUCUAGACUGCCUCACAGUGUCUCCCUGUCCUCCUGGCUGCUGCUGUGCUCACCCAGAACUUUUGGUUUUGUGUGAGUCCCUGGGUCUCAGGUCACUUCCUCGCUCUGUCCCUCUCAACACCUCAGCUCUGUCUGUGGCCAGAAACCAGCUGUGUAAUGUGGACCACCUGCUCCAGCCCUUCUCCAGCCUCCAGGAGCUCAGCCUCAGUCAUAACCUGUUGGCCCGCUUCCCCCGUGGCCUUCCUUCCAGCCUGGAGUCCCUGCUGCUGCAAGAGAAUCGUCUCACUUAUAUCACCUCAGGUGCCCUGAGGCAGCUGGGUAAUCUCACUCACCUGGAUCUGGAGGACAACUACAUCCGUGCCAUCCAACCCGGAGCACUUCAGGGUCUUACCAAGCUGCAGGUCCUGACACUGAAGGGGAACAAGCUUACAAGUCUCCCUCUGAAUCUCCCUCCAUCACUCACCCAUUUGGACCUCUCAGCUAACUGCAUCUCUGUCCUGGACCUGCCCUCACUGUCCCCACUGGUCAACCUGCAGGUCCUUAAGAUCAACAGCAACUGCCUGCGCUCAGUCCCAGAAAGCGCCUUUGACAGCCUGCCACGUCUCAGAUCUGUGGACCUCACCAACAACCUAUGGGUGUGUGAGUGUGACAUUUUGUAUCUUUACCGCUGGCUGCUCAGCAGUAGGUUAAAGAUGGCCACAGACCUGGUGUGCACUGAGCCUGUCCAUCUCGCUCACCAUCUGCUUCUGAACCUUUCUGUCUUGACUAUCUGCCCUCACAUCCUGAAGCCAAAUGAGAGGAUACACCAACUGGACCUCAACUCUGCUUUGAAGCAGAAGCUGGAGACACUGACAGCAAAGCCAAUAGCAUAUAGCUCAUCUGAAAACACCAGGGAUGUGGGCAGUUUGUCUGAGCAAAUAUCAAUGGAAAGCACUGGUGGGCUCCUUUCCAAAGAUUCUCGUGUAUUACUUGAACACUACACUUUAGAGACCCUCACCUAUGAAGAGUGUUUGUCACUAAAUAAAACACAAUCCGUGAGCCCACCCCAUUUAAAAACAACCACUUUCAUUUCAGAUGGGGAACAGAAAUGCCGAGACAACAUCACAAGUCACUACCCUCAGAGCAACACAAUGUCUGCUGGAAGGACACAGUCUUUACUUUCCACAAACAGAGAUGCAGCCAUGCCCACUCCUGACCCACAACUGUUUACACAACAAGACUCUGCAGUGAUCAUACGUUUGCUAGCUGUGUUGUGUGUAUUAGUAGCUCUGUUAAUGCUGGCUGUGCUACUUGUACUGAAGAAGGUGGUUGUGCGCCAACAGAGGGUGGCUCCGCUUGAUGUAGGAUCUGGUGAAUAA